AUGGGUAAUACCCAGGGCAAGGAAUCUCAGCCCAGCUCGCGGGGCCACGCUCGCCGCUCAAGUUCCCAUGUACCCACUUCGCCCACCACAUCGGCACCCGUCGCAGCGCCACAAGAGAGAACAGGAGGCGGUGUGUAUAGCUCGAGGAACGGUAGAGGAAGCAGGCAUGACUUAUCCUUCUUAGGCAUUAGAGCUGAACCCACUGAGCGUGAUCCUGCGCUCGAGCCGCGGCGAGAGACCAAAGCCGAGCGUGAGGCUCGUAAGCUAGAAAAAGAUCGAGCACUCAGAGCACAAGAGCGGGAACGGAGUAUUCGGGACGAGGGCGUAGACGGAGGCUAUCUGGUCACUCUUGGUGUCUACACGGGCCCAGAGGACUUUAGCAAGCCGAUUGUGCGACAAUUGCAGAUUGAGAGACGACUCGCUCCCUUCUGGAAAGGUCUCAAUGAUCACGAGGAUACCUGGACCGAGAAUCAGCUCGUAGCCGUUGUCAAUGGCCUGCCACUUCCCGCCCCCGAUGAGAUCCCACCAGAAGAGCCGUCUCGAGCGAGUAAUCGUCUCAGCCCCGCAUGGAACCCUCGUAGCUCGGAACCUAACUUGAGCAAUCUGUCAGUCCCUAUCACUUCGCGGUCCAUGUCUGCGAACUCGGAUCGCUCAGGAAAUUUAUCGCCGUCCCAUCCCGCCUUCUCCCUCCCCUCACCAGUCUCGCCCAUCUCGUCCGCGUCACCCUUCUUCCGUGGCCGCGCAAAGACGCUUGCUUCCCUCGCCUCGGGCUCUCGCAAUGCAUCGCAAACGGACAUCGCUCCGCAGGAACUCAAUCUCCCCAAGGAUCCAUACGUGAAUGGUCAACGGCUAGAGGCCUUUCUGUACAAGAACGCCGCAGAAUGCCCCAUCUGCUUCAUGUAUUACCCGCCGCACCUCAAUAAGACACGAUGUUGCGACCAACCGAUAUGCUCCGAGUGUUUUGUACAAAUCAAGCGACCCGACCCGCAUCCACCUGAGCACCAUGGAGAGGCCGAAAGUCCAUCUGCUGAGCCUCAGGAAGAGAUCCAGCUAGUCUCUGAGCCCGCAGCUUGUCCAUUCUGCGUGCAACCGGAAUUUGGCGUCACUUUUGAACCUCCACCUUUUAGGCGUGGGCUGGUUUAUAACGGACCUGGCCAGAACCCAUUGAGCAACGCAGCCUCUGCAAUGUCAUCCACAACUUCCUUGAAUUCACCAACUGUGACCUCACCAGGGCGUAGGAGAGCCACAUCACUCGCUGUAAACGACAAGACGGUCAUUACGACGGAUAUGGUUCGGCCUGACUGGGCCAAGAAGCUGGCUGAUGCAAAAGCACAUGCCUUGCGAAGGGCUGCUGCUGCGACAGCUCUGCAUAAUGCUGCCUACAUGAUGGGAAAUAUCCAACAACAGGAGAGCCGCUUUGGCCUCGGUAGACGAAGGCGGACGAUAUUCAAUAGUGACAGCGCCGGCAGCAGUGGUAUUGGGACGCCGCGACGGGAAGGCGAAGGCUCAUCUGGCCGCGCCACUGAUGGAUCAAACGACUUAUUUCCGGGUCGAAUCAGCUCGCGGCGAGGCAACAGAAUGGAUGAUCUAGAAGAACUCAUGAUGAUGGAAGCCAUUCGCCUCAGUCUCGCAGCUGAAGAAGACCGAAAAAGAAAAGAAGACAAGGAAGCGGCCAAAGAAGCUAAGAAAGAGGGCAAGAAGAAAGCAAAGGAGAACAAGAAGGUAGCGAAAGCGCAGCGCAGUAUUGGGAGCGGCUUCCAUCCCGUUGAAAUUGAUGACCUUGAGGACACAGAUGUAGGCACUUCAGCUGCAGCGGGCAAAGGCAAGGCAGUGGACCGAUCUGGUGGCCCCACCGGGUCCAAUUCCAUGACUGAGCCUCCUUCCGUCAUCAACGCCUCGACUUUGAAAGAUGAUCCACAGAAGCACCUCGAAGACAGCCGCGCACAAAUUCAACGAGGCAAGACCCCCGACUCUGGCAAUCUGGCACCGUUCGAUCCCUUCAGCGACCAGCCAUGCCAUCGUUCUGCGAUGAACAACCUCUCUAACGCUUCAUCAUCGGCCUCCUCGUUCGCCGAGUCAUACCAGAACUCCCUCCGCCAGGACAGUCAAAACAACCUAGCACCCGGCUCAGCUUAUGGGCCAAGUCCGAAUGCUUCAGGUGUAAGCUUUAGUCAAGGCGAGACACCUCCACAAGACACGCCUGACACCGAGCCUAUGUUCAACUUUCAAAGCCUUGCGGAAGCAAUCACGCCUGAAGACAGCAAGGAUGGUGGCGCUCAGUUUAUCGAAAACGUCGAGGAGAAAAAGUCACAUCCCUCCAAAACAGCACCUCUGGCUAGCGACACAGCCGCAUCAAUUAGCACGGCGAACACGGAUCGUUCGGAACCACUGGGCGAGAGUGUCAUGACACUCAAACCCACUGCCACCCCGCUGGCGCUAACGGUAACAAACGAGGACCAAGACGAAAUUACCGCUGCACCGCGUGUCGAAGUCGUACCGCACGAUCACUCUUUCGACCAGAAACAGUAUGGGAACGUAAGCAUGGUAGACAGGAUAAGUCACCAUCAAGCUACGCAGUAA